AUGCCCCACCUGGCUCACACCCUGGCACAGCUGGCAAUGACCGUGGCCACUGUGGACAGCAAGGUGGUGCCCCUGGACAUGGCCCACAACUCCUUUGAUGACCAGUACCUCAACUGUGGCCCAGCCAUGACUGCGACCUUGCCAGCCCUCAAGCGCUCCGACUUCCAGAAGAACCCUCUUUUUGCCCAGACCUGGGCAAAGGCCACGGCCGAGUGGCAGAAACAAGGCUCCGAUUCAUUCUCUCUGACCAAAGACCAGGCCAUCGCCCUCAUGGUCUACACAAUGAAUGACGUGUUUAAGAAGUUCAACAAGGCCGUGCGUGAGGCUGGACGCUCCUGCCAGGAAUACCGGUACAACUUCCACUUCAAAACGCUGCAUUUCCUGCUGACCCAGGCCCUCCAGAAGCUCAGAUGCCCUAAUGAGUGUCUGGACGUGUCCCGGGGAGUGAGGAAUACCCAGUUCAAUGUGAAAUUUGGUGAUAAUGUCCGCCUCAAUCAAUUCACUUCAUCGUCAAUGAAUAAAUCGGUGGCCAAAUAUUAUGGGACAGACACGAUGUUCGAGGUGCACACAUGUCACGGAGCACACAUCAAGAAGUUCUCCUGCAAUCAAAGUGAGAAGGAAUUGCUGAUCCCACCCUUUGAGAACUUUCAGGUUGCAAAAGUCACCAGGGAAGGGAAGAAGUUGCAGAUUGAGCAUCGCUCAACUGGGAACUCCAGUAACCACCACUGUGAGUGGCUGCGAGGUGACAUCUUGGGAACAACUGGGGGGGAUGGGGACACUCAGUGGGAGCCUCAUCGGGAACUCCCCCCACCUUAG